AUGUUUCCCAACAAUCAAAAUCUUGGAAGAAGCUAUAUCAAUAUACAGGAUAAUUCAAAGUCUUUUUUAAAUGUAUCAUAGUCAUAGAGUGCAUUUAAACCUCAAAAUGAUGGUAACAGUAAUAAGCCAACUAUUGGUGGUUCAAGUUUCACCAAAAACAUCAAUAAAAUAUUCUCUAACCAUAAUGAGCGAUCACUUCCAGAUCUUUAGCGAUCAUAAUCUCCAGCUGGCAUAAAUAGAUACAAGACAGUUGAUUAAGGUCCAGCAUUACCAAAUCUCAAUUCAAUGAGACCAGGAACUACAGGUUAUUCCACAAAUCCAAGUAAAAUACUUUAUCAUAAUUCCGAUUUAGAGUAACUAAUAGGCUCAGCGAGAACUAGAAACUCAAUUCCUGUGAACUAGAGUGCUGCAGUUAUUCCUACUUACAUUCGUUAAGAACAAACCAAUAAAAAUAAUAUGUCAACAAUCGAUCCUUCUGUUGGCAGCAGUGCUCAAUUCGGAUUAGAAGGGUAUAAAUUGCCUAAAGUAGGCUUACCUCCUAGACAACCCUAAUACUCAAUGCCUAAAGAUAAAUUUGUCAAUUUCUUGAGGUAUGUCUAAAAAAAUGGAUCAUAAAUUCCUGGUCCCAGUUAGUAUCAUAAAGAUGCAAGUUGGGACUCUAAAAGUGGAAACUUCGGGAAAGGAGCUCAAAGAAAAACGUUUACUGAUGAUGCUAUAAAGAAAUCUAAAUUGCUACCCUCGAGUGUUUAAUACAAUACAGACAAAGCUGAAACUGGAGAUUACUUAAGUGAAGCUUAGUUUUUAUCUGUGGUUAACCCAAGUCCAACCUCUUAUAGUCCUAAUGUAAGUUUCACAUUUAAACUUAAAUCCUGUGUGCAGAAAAAUUUCGUGAUGCAAAGGUCAUCUAGCUAUCACAUUAAGAAGCCAAUAAAAGACAAGAAGACAUGGAAAUUUGAGAAAAGCACUGAGCCAGAUCCAUGUUCCUAUGAUGUCUCCUAAUCAAUAUAUCUCACUAAGAAGAGAGAGCCUAAAAUUACCAUUCCAAAAUCGAAAAAUAUCAAGUUCAGUGUUGCUAUAUCUGAGAGUAAAAAAUUCAUACCAAGCUCUGCUAAUUAUACAGUAGAGCCCUGCUAUGAAUCAAUUUCCAGACCUUAUGUAAAAACAAGGUAUUGA